AUGGUGCUUUGCAAUGACGCAACGCAACGCGGGAACGGAAGGGAAAGGAAUCGAUCACUCCUUUGACUCAUCCUAAUCAUUCCUUUUCCUCACACCGAUCACACGCCUUCUUAUUCUCUUUUUCUCUUCACAUUUUCUCUUCUCCGAUUUUCCAUACUCUACUUUCCACCCAAUUCAAACAAUGUAUCCGAAGGUGAAGGUAAGACACGAUGACGACGGUGAAAUUGGUCUCAAAGCUUUCCUGUCUCUGUAUUUGCAGCCAUCUUCUCCAGACAACAAAGUUGUCGCCAUGCCCUCUGUUGUCAGAGUACCAGAGUGUUAUGUUCUGCAUGUAGCUAUUCCGAGAGUACCCGUAACUGAAGAUUCUGGAGACUUCAGUGUGGCAUCUGAUUCUUCAAUAACUACAGGAUCUGAUACUGAUGAAAAUAAAGUAAAUCUUAGAGUCAGUUCAAUUCCUCCACCUCGUGCUGUCAUUUCUAGUCCUGAUAAUGACAUAAUGAUUGGAAAUCGAAACAAGACUAGAGAUGAAAGACUUUCUACUUCAAAGAAUGAUGCUGUGUUGCAAAACCGACAUGCACACUGCAAAGUUAGAUUGCAUGAUGCCACUGAUAUUCCUUCAGAUACAAGAAAACACAGGGAGCCUGGGUCUAAAGAAGAAAUUGAUUCUGUAGGAAAGAAAAAGACCCAUAAAGGUAGCAUAAAAAUCGAAAAGGUACCUUGGAGAUUUUAGUUCUGGUGAAAUCUAGGAGCAUGACUAGAUACAGUUUUUUGGAGAUCAAAAUGUAGUGUAAUAUUAAUCUAGGAUUAGGUUUCCUGCCAUA